AGUCUCCUUCUGGGAGGGCCUGCGCUUUGCAUAGGCGAGGAUCAACAGCUACAAGGGGCAACAGGGCGUGCAGUCGCGGUCCGUUUCUUCGUUGUCUGGGCGGUCACCCUCUCACCUCCUCACCUUUUUGGCUUUGUCUGUCUCCUGUUCCGGUGCGCCGACGACGACGAUUCGUCUCUGGUGGACGGUGAAGUCGGGACGCACUCUCGAUUGAGUCAGGAGACGUGGUUCUGUCUGCUGCUGGCUGGUCCAACUCGGUGUUUGCGGAAUACAAUACACCGCCGUUACUUGAUCUUUACAAACCUUUGGCCGUUUGGAGCGUGGCUUCAACGGCUGCGUACGACCACCGCAAGGGAAGCGCUGCGACGCUCGAGUCGACGACACACACACAAACACACACACGUCACACGUCGCCAUGGCAUCGUCAACGCCCUCGGCCUCGCUCUCAUCGCUCCCGCCGACCCCAUCGACCCCCAGCGGCAAGGCCGUCGUCACCCCCGGCAGCUCCAGCACAGGGCCGGACCCGAUCCUGCGCAAUGCCCUGCGGUACACCAUCUCGCCGCGCGAGUACGCCGCCCUGCACAAGUACAUCCUGUCCAAGUCGCGUGCGCUGCGGCGUGCGGCGCCCACCCCGAGCAGCGUGGACAAGGCGCUGCAGCCGCGCAAGGGCCGCGACGAUUACAAUGCCAAGGCGGUGCGGCAUGCGCUGCGCGUGUUCACGGCGACGUGGAUUGGGAUGAAAGCGUGGGACGCCAUCAUGCGGAGGCUGGGGAACAAGGAGUCAAGCGGAAGUGGCAAGAAGAAGCCCUUUUACAAGUCUCCCGCCCUCCGGCUCUCCCUCUCCCUCUCAACCAUCCUGUUCCUCUACCGCGUGCUCUUCCGCUUCCUCACCCGGCUGCGCGCCCAUCUCCUGGACCCCCAGGCCGAGCCCUUCCGGCUGCGCAACCCGCGGACGACGGCGACGCUGACGUCGCCCUUUGCGCCGGCCAUUGGCGCCUCGCUGGCCGGCCUCGCCCUGGGUAUCUACCCGUCAAAGCAGAUGCGCGUCAGCAUCGCCAUCUACGCCCUGUUCCGGGCCCUCGAGUUUGGCUGGAACGUGUGCGAAAAGGACGGGCUGAUCUGGGGCGUCAGGAACGGCAAGAACCGCGAGCGGCCGUGGUGGUUUGGGAGCUGGAUGCUACAGCCUUUUGCGUUUGGGCAGUUGUUCCAUGCGGCUGUCUUUGAUCCCGACUGCUUCCCGUCUUCGUUUGGGGAUCUCAUCUUCAAAAACUCGUCCACCUACCUGCCUCCGCGGCCAGAAAACUAUCCCACAAAUCUCAAGUGGCCUUCGCCAUCUCAGAUCCUGGAAAAUAUCGCAGAGAUGGCUCGACUCAACUGGCCACCAUUCAUAUCUCCCAUCCUGUUCCCUAACAAGGAAGUCCUCCCACCCACGCUCACCGGCAUCUCGCCCCUGAGCUCACAGGCUCACCCCCUGAUCACGUCCCUCUCCUGCGCAACCCUCCACCCAUCCGACCCGUCCUGCCUGCGAACCUACCUCACCUUCUGGCUCGACUCCUUCCCGAGCAUGACGCGCUUCUUCCUCAUCCUCUACUCGGCGCUGACCAUUGUCCCCCGGUUCCGCAACCUGUACAACUUCCCGUUCGCCACGAUCCAGCGCAUCAUCUCGCAGGCGCUGCGCCUGUCGACGUUCGCCACGGGCGCCCUCUCCACGGCGUGGGCGUCGCUGUGCUUCUUCCAGCAGUACCUCCCGCGGCAUGUGCUGGCCGCGCAGCGCGUCUUCCUGGGCGGCUUCCUGGCGGGCAUGUGGGCGUGGGUGGAGCGGCGGCACGGGCGCAGCGUGUUUCUGUACACGGCGCGGGCGAGCGUGGACAGCCUGUGGAAGGUGGGCGUCAAGAGGCGCUGGUGGAAGGCCAUGAGGGGAGGCGACGUGUGGGUGUUUGUGCUGGCGCUCAUGGUGACGGGCGUGGUGUAUGAACGGGAUGCAAAGGCCAUUCGGGAGGGGCAGUGGCGCAAGGGGGUGAGCUGGUUGAGGGGCGAAGGGUGGAAGGAUUGGGCGGUGGAGGACGAUGGGGAGGAUGAGGAUGGGGAGGGCAAGGACAAGGAUGAGUAGGGGAGAGGCUGCCUGCUAAUGUUGAUGUUGUGGUUUGUAUGAUGUCUGGGCGUUGUUGAUAUCCGGCGUUUGUAUAUUUGUGUCGACUGUGUGUGUUUUGUUACUUCAUAGGGGUCUCUGGGCGGGUGAUGUCGUGUUUCUGAACGGUGCCUCGUGUAAAAAAAGCAAGAGGCGCGGCGUUAUUACGCUGAAUCAAGGUGUUGUGUGUCUAGGUAGUCUUGAG